AUGCAUGGGUGGGCCGUCAGCCGGAGGACCUGGAAGACAUUCCAGGGCCUCUUCUGGAACGGGAUUAGAAAACCUCUUCAACCUGGGGAGGAAGUAAAAGUUGUCCUCCAGUCUGGAACCUUGUCCUUAGUAUUGUUUAAUCAGUGGACGGAUGAAAUGCGACAAAUUGUGACAACUCCUCUUUCUCUCCUGACUGACAAUUUCAAGGAAGUUAAAAGGAGAGCACAUGACUUAAGUUUAGAAAUUAAAAAAGGAAAAUUUGUAACAUUGUGUAGCUCAGAAUGGCCUACGUUCAAUGUAGGAUGGCCAGCUGAAGGUAUUGCAGCUGCAGAGGGUGCACUGCCCCAAGUGCCGGACAAUGGCGGGGCAAUGGCAGCAGCAGCAGGUCAGGCGGCCGGCACCCGUGGAAGAAUGCAGUGCGCACCCCCCUCUAAUGGACCAGCAGAUUCCACAGUCUUGCUGUUGCGGGCCACAGGGCCCGCAGAUGCAACCGGCAACCAACAACUUCACUAUUGGCCUUUUGGCACUAGUGACCUGUACAAUUGGAAAACUCAGAAUGCCAAGUUCUCAGAUAAUCCCAGAGAUUUAACUGACCUCAUAGAGACUAUUUUGUUUACUCAUCAGCCUACAUGGGACAAUUGUCAACAGCUCCUCCAGAUUUUAUUCACCACCGAGGAACGUGAGAGGAUCCAGAGGAAGCCCAGAAAUCUGUUUUGGGGGAUAAUAGGCAACCCACUACUAAUAGAGGUGAUUAAUGCCACCAUCCCCUUAACCCAUCCCAAUUGGGACUACAACAUGACUGAAGGUAAGGAGAGACUCUGUGUGUACUGUCAGACUCUAUUGGGAGGUCUCAGGGCAGCCGCUAGGAAGCCCACCAAUUUGGCUAAGGUAGGUGAUGUACAGCAAGGGAGGGAUGAAAGUCCUGCCACUUUCAUAGAAAGAUUAAUGGAAGCAUUUCACCAAUACACCCCCAUGAAUCUGGAAGCACCUGAAACUAAGGCUGCACUGAUCAUGGCUUUUGUGAAUCAAGAAGCCUCAGACAUUAGCAGAAAGUUACAAAAAAUUGACAGAUUAAAUGAAAAAAGUAUUCAGGAUUUAAUGCUAGUUGUAGGGAGGGUUUAUAAUCACUGGGAAAGUCCAGAAGACCGACAGGCCAAGGCACUAGGGGCAGCCAGUGACCGGAACACUCGGAACCUUGCAAAAAUCUUACUUGCCUCAAAAACCGGGAGCGUCCGAGAAAGAGAAGAACAACUGCAGAAAAUUAAUCAGUGUGCCUAUUGCAAGGAAGAUGGACAUUGGGCAAAAGAAUGCCCAAAUAAAAGAACUCAAAAACCACCGACUAAAGUACUAGAAUUGGGGGAACUCAGUGAUAAGGGGCGACAGGGUUUGGUCCCCCUCCCCGAGCCCAGGGUAACUCUUAAAGUGGAGGGGACCCCAAUUGGCUUCCUCGUGGACACUGGGGCACAACAUUCAGUCUUAUUCAAAGCCCAAGGAAACCUGUCCAAUCAAACCUCCUGGGUUGAGGGGGCCACAGGGACAAAUCAAUAUUCAUGGACUACCCGAAGAACAGUAGAUCUUGGCGUGGGUCGGGUAUCCCACUCAUUCAUGGUAAUUCCAGAAUGCCCCUAUCCACUUCUUGGGAGAGAUAUACUAACCAAAAUAGGAGCACAAAUACACUUUCAAAAAGGAGGGGCAACCAUUAUGGACAGUAGGGGCCAACCUAUUCAAGUGUUAAUUGUAAACCUAGAAGAUGAAUAUAGACUCCAACAACAACCCCCUCCUUCCCCAUCCGGAGAUAUAAGGCAGUGGUUAUUAGCUUUUCCUCAGGCAUGGGCUGAAACUGGAGGUAUGGGGUUAGCAAAACAUAGGCCACCGGUUUAUGUGGAAAUUAAACCUGGAGCGGACCCAUCCGCUUCGAAUACCCCUCCACUUCCCGUUCAAAAACCUCAUUCCAAUGACUACAGACCAGUACAAGACCUCCGAGAAGUUAAUAAAUGGGUUGUAGACAUUCAUCCUACUGUCCCUAACCCAUACACCCUCCUUAGUUCUUUAUCCACAGAUCACCAGUGGUACACAGUCUUGGAUCUUAAAGAUGCUUUUCUCAGCCUACCAUUGGCCCCAAAGUGUCAGGACCUGUUUGCCUUUGAGUGGACAGACCCCACAGAGGGCAUUAAUGGACAACUAACCUGGACGAGAUUACCUCAGAGGCUCAAAAGUUCACCUACAAUUUUCGACGAGGCGCUGCAUGAAGACCUGGGUAAGUUCCAAUCCGACCACCCCGGUCUCAUGCUAUUACAAUAUGUAGAUGAUCUACUAGUUGCCACAGCAGACUACAAGACCUGUCUCCAAGGGACCAGAGACUUACUCUGGACAUUAGGAGAAAUGGGUUACAGAGCCUCAGCCAAAAAGGCUCAACUUUGCCAAACAGAGGUGAGCGAUUUGGGGUAUAUGUUAAAAAAAGGACAAAGAUGGCUGACUAGGGCCCGCAAGGAGACUGUGCUAAAAAUCCCUAGACCCAACACCCCACGUGGGGUGCGGGAGUUCCUAGGAUUAGCCGGCUACUGUAGACUUUGGAUACCAGGUUUUGCAGAACUGGCAAAACCUCUCUGUGAAGCAACCAAGGAGGGGCAGAAAUUUCAGUGGACAGAGGCCAUGGAAAAAUCCUUUAAUUCACUUAAGACUGCCCUUUUGUCAGCUCCUGCCCUUGGACUACCUGAUGUAACAAAAUCCUUCCAUAUAUACAUUGAUGAAAAUAAGGGGGUAGCAAAAGGAGUUAUAAUCCAAUGCUUAGGCCCCUGA